AUGCUAUUCUUUCUUUUUUUGCAUUUCAAACAUCAAUACCAAAUAAAGCAAUCGGUUUGUAAAUUUCUUUUAGAUGGAUUCUUUUCAUUUGAUGAAGAUAUUCGUGUACCAGUUCAACAAUAUCCAUCUGACAAUGAACUUUCAUUGAUUUCAUCACGAGAAGUAUAUGUUAGUAAUUCAAAAUACAUUGAAAAAUUUCUUUCCAUUCCACUUGUUCCAUUUGAUAUUGGACAAAAUGAAUUUAUUCAAAUAUUAAAACAUCAUAAACGUAUUCAAGAUAUAAAUAAUGAAAUAAUUUUAGAAAAAAUUCGCGAAUCAAUUUUUCUUUAUGAUGAAUUAAUUGAAUUACUUCAUUGGUUAUGUACAACUAUAUUUCAAAAUAAAUCCUAUAUAAACGAAAUUUUGUCUGAAAUUUGUUAUCGUGAAACAUAUCAAUCAUCAAUAAUUCAAUUAGAAAAUAUUCAAUUUUAUAAUACUUUAAAUCUUUCAUCACUUCUUCCUCUUCCAUCGAAUGUUUUACCAUCAAAUAUUGUUAAUCAUAUAUCUCAACAAGAUUUACAAAGAAAAUUAUCAUUAUCAAAAUUAUCAAUAAAAACUUUAAUUCAAUUUUAUCUUGUUGAUAAUCAACAUUAUUUAUUUGAAAAUGAAAUAACAUCAAAAAUUCUUCUGCAUUUUCUUUCUCAACAUUGGAUUCAAUUUAAUAGUAAUGAAUCAAAUCAUAUUAAAACAAUUCUUUCAAAAUUAAAAUGUAUUUCAACAAAUCAAGGAAUGAAACUACCACAAGAAUCUUAUAUUCCUUCAUCAAAUAUAUCUGAAAAUCUGCCGAUUAUAUCAUCAGAUGAUAAUGAAGAAUAUCCUCUAUCAAUUGAAUUUCUUAAAUCAAUUGGUUGUCGAACAAUGCAUUUUCCUACAACGACAUAUAGUUCAAAUUUUAUUAAAUCAGCUGAUAAUAAUGAAACAUUACAAAAUUUUAUUCAAGAUUUAUUAAAACAACGAAAAACUAUGAGUGAUACAGAUUUAAAUUCUUUAAAAAACAAUUCAUGUCUAAUAGGAACAACAUUAGAAUAUUAUGGUGAAAUUAAACGUAAAUAUAAAGGAAAUGAACUUCAUUUUCCAUUAGUUGCAAAAGAACUUCAAUGGAAAGAAUUACUAAUCAUUGAUUGGAUUGAUAUUAAUCCAAUAUCAGAAGAAUAUUUUUUUCUUAAAGAACUUGGUGUUAAAGAAGCACCUGAUUUACAAGAUUUACUCUUUCGUAUUGCACAAGAACAUUAUCGAGGAUCAAGAAUAAAAUCCGAUUAUAAAUUACCACAUUCAUUAAUUUAUUUUGCAGAAAAUUUUCGAAAAUAUUAUUUAAAAGUUUGGCAAAAUAAUCAGAUUAGAACAUCUUUUCUUCCUUCAUCUCCUCCUGAAAUAAAUCAAUCAGCAGAAAUUAUUUUAACAACUCCUCAAUCAGUUUUUAAAGAAUCAAAUCCAUUAUGUCCAUCAUUAUUACCUGAUAUAAUUCAAUGUUUUUCACAUUGUUUUGAUAUAAGUUUACUUGGAAUAAAAUUACGUCCAGAUUUAGAAACAGCAUUUAAUAUCUUAAUGGAUAAACGAUAUGAAAUGUUAACAGUUGAAUCAGCUCCAAUUUAUUUUGCGUAUUUAAAUAAAUUAGAUGGUCUUAAUAAAACAUUUAUUGAAAAAGUUUCAUAUAAAUCAUUUAUUCCUCAUUCUUCUUCUUCGUAUUCAAAACCAUCUCAAGUAUUUAUUCGUUCAGAAACUUUAACUUCUUCUUCUGAUGAUGAAACAGCAACGUGUGGUCUUAUUGAUUAUAUUGAUUAUGGUCCUGAAGCUAAUUCAUUUCUUUUUAGUAUUGGAGUUGUUUCUUAUCCAUCUGCAGAAAAUUUAAUUGAAUUACUUAUUGAACGACAGUCAUCUUAUUUUUCUCAAACAAAUGAAAAUACUGAUGAAAUGAUUAGAGCUAAACUACGUGUUUACACAAAUUGCUUAAAACAAUUAGCAUCGAUCUCGAAUAUUAAACAAAAAUUUCAACAAGAACCAUUAAAAAGUCGUUUAAUUAAUAAACCUUGGUGUUUAGGUUAUCAAAUAAUAAAACAUGAAAAUGGAAAUAAUGAAAAAGUUUUCCAAAUAGCAAAACCAAAUGAUAUUUAUCUUGAUGAUGAUCAUCAAUCAGCUAUUGAUCUUCAACCCUUAUGUGCACCGGAUGAAGCAGAUUUAAUUAAGUUAUAUGAAACAUUUGGAGCUAAAUGGUUAUCAGAAUCUGUGAAGAGAACUUUAAUUCAUACUGGUUUGAUUUUUACGACUGAACGAAGUAAACAACUUUAUGACUUGAUUGACCAUCGUUUGGAUAUGUUAUUUGUAAAUAAACGGGGAGAAUAUUUAGAAAAUAUUGAUGAAAAACGUUUGGAUUUAUUACGAAAAAAUUUCUCAGUUUAUGAAAGUGAAGGAAUUCAAUGUGAAAUAACAUUUCAAUAUCGAACAAUUACAUUAGAUAAGUCAACAAAUUGUAGUUCAUGUGUUCUUGAAUAUGAUAAAAAUCAAGUCAAUUUAUACAUUCAUAAAGAUCUUCCAACACUUGAUUAUAUUGAUAUUGCCAGUGAAUUAAUUCGAUUUAUUCAUAAAAAACCACUUGAAUCAUUGGUUCAUUCAAUUAGUGAUAAACUUUCAUCACCAUUAGAAACACUUAAACGGCGUGGAAUACCUGUUGAUAGAUUUUUAAAACAGAAGCAACAACAACAACAACAACCAAUCAAAUUAGUAUUACGAAAUGAACAACAUCAAUUCUCAAAAUUUGAUGAUUAUUAUCAACAAUCAAUAGAAAAAUCAUCAAAUGAAUAUUUUCAAAGUUUAAAAGAGUAUUCUUCUCCUAUUGAAAAAUAUUCGAGUAAUAUUGAACGGAAUUGUAUAGAUGACUUUCGAGAACAUCAAUCUUUAAACAAAAUUGAUAUUAAUCAAAUGUUAAAAACAAGUCGAUCCUAUUUCCAAAAUGAAUUUCAUCAAUCGGAAUGUUCCCGACAAGAAAAUAAUAACUUAUGUGAAUAUGUUCCAUCAUCAAAUAUGAUUCGUCACGAAACUCUUUUUCAUAAUAUUCCACUUUAUAUUGAUGAAAAUGUUCGUAUAACAAAUACAAUGAUUAAACAAGGAAAACAAUUAGCUUAUUUAUUAUCUUCACUUGCAACACAUGUAUUUCAUAUUUCACAAUCAGUAAUUCAUCUCUUUCGUGAUAUAAAUAGUGCACGUGUUGCUUUUAAUACUAAUGGUGCAUUAUUUUUUAAUCUUCGUUAUUUCGAACAAGUAUUUGCGAAGGAUCUGGAAUUUAGUCUUGAAAAUAAUUCCACUAUUCGUACAAUAAUUAACUUUUAUUUUCUAAUUUUUUGUCAUGAAUUAACACAUAAUAUUCAUUUAAGUCAUGAUUUAAAUUUUAUUCAUUGUUUCGAAAGUGUUAUUGUAAAAUUUAUGGAUGAAAAAGAACUUUUUUUGUCAAAAUUUUCAUUUCGUUAUUACUAA